AUGUGGCGUCUCUUCAGCACAUCUUCCUCGUCGCCUGAAAGCACAGCUAAGCCUCCGCCCGUAAGGAGCAUUCCAGCAUCAUGGCAUCGCUCUGAGCCAAUAUUCACUGCUACCGGUGACUACAUUACAUUCAUCCACGCGACCUUCUCCUUCUUUCUGGUCCGGGACCGCGACGGGAAGAUCAACGGUUUCCAUAACGUGUGCCGUCACCGAGCAUUCCCGGUGGUGCAGACUCGCUCAGGGCCGGCCAAAAUCCUGAGCUGCAAGUACCACGGAUGGUCAUACGGGUUAACGGGAAACCUGACGAAGGCUCCAAGAUUCGACACCGUCGAGAAGUUCGACAAAAGCCAGUAUAACCUGCUAUCUAUCCACGUCUUUGUGGAUAAAGCAGGAUUCGUGUGGGUGAACCUGCAGGCAGGCGAGCCAGAAUCGAAGUGGGAAGACGAGUUCAAAGGGGUCGAUGAGCAGCCAGCGUUGCAAGAGUUCGACUUCGCCAAGGAGUUCACCUUUGGUCACUACUGGGAGAUGGACGUGGAUGCUAACUGGAAGAGCUUAAUUGACAAUUACAAUGAAUGCUACCACUGCCUCACAUCUCAUCCACUCAUUGCAGGCGUUUCUGACCUGAACGGGUAUCGGGUUGAGCCGAUCGCAGGACAUAUGCAGCACCACAUUGUCAACAAGAAUAAAGACAACAAGCAAUUCCGGCGGAGUAUCACAUUCUUCUAUCCGGACAUUUCAGUAACGGUGACUGAGCACUUUUUCUAUAUCCAACGAAUGAUACCUGUCACAGCAACAAAAAGCAAGAUCGAAUGCGAAGUUUAUCGGCAUAAGAACGCGACCGAUGAAGAGUUCGGCAACAUAUGUGCGUUUUAUAAGCAAGUCCUCGACGAAGACAAACAGCUUUGCAAUGCAGCCAAGGAGAAUUUGAACUCGGGCGUAUUCAUCAACGGCGAACUCCAUCCCGACAAAGAAAAGGGUCCGAUACAUUUUCAAAGUACGGCUAGAAAUGAUCUCAUGAGCCACCGAAAGACAGAGGAGAAAGAUGGGUUGAAGGAGAUAUGGCCGGCGAUGCCACGCUUAGUAGGAGAAAUGAAGACGGACAAGUUGGAGGAGGAGGAGAUGUUCUGCUCUCAGUUAGAAGCAUCAAGCUGUGCAUCGAAGUCAGAAUUAGCCUGGUAGUUCCUUGCAGAACCCGCAGCUCAAAGACCAAUGAUAUAUAAGGGCUCGCAGCAAGGUGUGUGCUGCUGUAAAUGCCCCUAUUCUAGACCGG